AUGGUCUAUUUUUAUUGUUCACAACCAAGCCAAUACUCUGUUCCAUAUCAGAUUGUCACAGGUAAAGAUAAAUUUGAGAACGAUAUGUUAAUUAAGUAUGGGUACCGUGAAUUGAAUCAUUUUUGGUUUCAUGCUGACAAAUAUUCAAGUGGACAUAUUUAUUUAAAACUGCAACCUUCUGAAAAAACAUUGGAAGAUGUUCCUACAGAGGUCGUCAAUGACUGUUUACAAUUGUGUAAAUCGGAAUCCAUUCAAGGUAACAAGUUACCUCAAUGUGCUAUUAUCACUACGCCAUGGCACAAUUUGAGAAAGAACAAGUUUAUGAAGCCUGGUGAGGUUUCAUUCAAAUCUACAAGGGCUUGUAAGAGGGUGGAAUGUUAUGCAAGAGACAAUAAGGUUCUUAACAGGUUGCAAAAGACAAGAGUCGAACUGCAUGAUGACGUCGAGAAAAUCUUACAUGAUGCCAAAAAAUCAAAAGAUAGUGAUUAUUUCUUAAAAUACAUUGAAUCGAACAAAGAAAGAUUGAUUGAAGAGGAGAAACAAAGAAAAAUUGCCAAAAAGAAUUCCAAGAAGAAACCUAAAAAUGAUCUAGAAGAUAAGGAUAUCCUGGAUGAUGAUGGUAUUGAAGGUUCGUGA